CCGCAUCCUUGCCUCUGUUGUUAUUGAAUGCACUGUAAUAUGGAGCCAGAACAGACGCUUUCGCCAUUGGUCAGGAAGGCAUCGGGGGCGGUUUCAUCCGCUCGUCUUUGAUUCUGAUUGGUUCCCUGGUUGUCUCUCCCCACGCUUCUGAUAGCAGCGGUACGCGCUGAUUGGUCAGAUGGCGCAAAGGCAAACAGCGUGUUCUGAUCGCAGGCUUCACUUACUCAGACAUCUACAGUGAUGAUGAUGAGCGGUUUCCAUACAAUAUAACAGUAAGUUUGUGGGAAACAGAGGCAAAAUGAAGCCUAACAAGCACAAAGCAACACAUUCAGCUGAAAGGGAAUUUGGAGGUGCUCUUGGUGCCACCUGCAUCCCUGUGUUCCUGCCUCUGACGGUUCUGUACCUGCUGAGUGUGUGUCGGUCUCCAGCAGCCAGUGUCCUGCAGUGGCCUCCUCCUUUACCCCCCGCAGCACACUUAUGGGACCCUUUGGCCGCAGUUCUGAUUGUAGGUUGGAUCACCCUGCAGAGUUUUCUCUAUCUACUGCCCAUGGGGAAGGUUUCUGAAGGAUUAGUCCUCAGAGAUGGAUCCAGACUGAAAUAUGCCAUUAAUGGUUUUAAUGCCCUGAGCAUUACUGCUGUCCUGUUGCUAAUAUGUCUUUGGCUGGGAAUGCCACUCGGGUAUCUGUUUGAUCUGAUUUUGCCUCUGGCUGUGUGUGCCAUCGGUGUGUCCUACCUGCUGUCUAUGUACCUGUAUAUCCGCUCUUUCUGGGCACCUCAGCAUGCUUUAUCACUUGGAGGAAACACGGGAAAUCCUCUGUAUGACUUCUUCAUGGGCCGAGAGCUCAACCCUCGGAUUGGAGAUUUCGACUUGAAAUAUUUCUGUGAACUAAGACCUGGAUUAAUAGGCUGGGUGGUAAUAAACCUGGGGAUGUUAAUGAAAGAAGUAGAGCUGAGAGGCUCUCCAUCUCUUGCCAUGCUGCUUGUCAACGGCUUCCAGCUCCUCUAUGUGACAGAUGCUCUGUGGAAUGAAGAGGCUGUGCUUACUACUAUGGACAUUGUGCAUGAUGGAUUUGGGUUCAUGUUGGCGUUUGGUGACCUGGCCUGGGUUCCCUUCACGUAUGGUCUUCAGGCCAUGUUUCUGGUUGUGCACCCACAGUCACUUAGUACUCUUGGAGCAGCGGGGAUUAUUCUUCUAAAUGGAAUUGGUUAUUACAUUUUCCGGAAAUCUAACUCUCAGAAAAAUCAGUUCAGAAGAGACCCCACACAUAAAAGUGUAUCACAGCUGGAAACUAUCGCCACUGCAACAGGAACGCGUCUCUUGGUUUCAGGGUGGUGGGGGUUUGUCAGGCAUCCAAACUACCUGGGGGACCUUCUCAUGGCUCUGGCGUGGUCCCUGCCUUGUGGAAUGUUGCAUAUUCUGCCUUACUUCUAUGUAAUAUAUUUCACCAUUCUGCUCAUCCACCGAGAGGCCAGAGAUGAGAAACAAUGCCGAGCCAAAUACGGACUGGCCUGGGACACGUACUGCAGACGAGUGCCCUACAGAAUAAUCCCGUACAUUUAUUAAUAUAGACUGAUGUGUUCAACAAGUGGAUGUGUCCUCAUCAGUGCAGAGAACUGGACAUAACAAAAGAUACGGCAUAUAUUGUUUUUAUUUGCAUCAUAACAUUGCUUUCUAUUCAUUCAGAUGUUUUUA